CCUACUGAUUUUGACAUUUAGUAGAUGUCAAGCACAUGUGUUUUUGUUUAGUUUAUUUCCCUCUGUUUUCGGUUAUUUAUUUCUUACUUUCCAUGUAUAUCUCUUAAAUAUAAUUCUAUUCCGUAAUUUACGUAUAUAUGAUGUGAAUAUUUUUGUCCAAAAAAUUAUAUUUCUUUAUCUUAUUAAAAUAUGAAUAUGGACAGUAAAGCCGAUUUGUUGAAGAAAAAACAAGACAAAACAAUAGUUGCAGAGAGUCUCGACAACAAUGCAUCAAUAAAGGAAAUAAUAGAUCUCCUACAUUCCAAACACAGAACACAAAAGGUGUACAAUUAUUUCUGCCAAGUUGCUGCACAGCGUAGUGCAUCAGUCUCAUAUAAGCAUUUCUUGUUCCCUGGCCACCCUCUAAACUCAUUCAGUGAGGAGUGGGAUGGAGGACUCAACUCUGGCUUUUUCGAAACAUUUUUUCACAAGAGCUUGUUGCCUAGAAUGAUAACAAAACUGAGGCAUAUGGAAAAACAAGAUCCUGUGACCGCAGUUAUGUUAAAAAAGAAUGAAUGGAAUAGCCACUGGCAGAAAUUUAAGAGCGUUAUAGGUCGUAAGCAAAAAAUGUAUGAAUGGAAGGAUGAGGUGUUACAUUGCCCUGAAGAGUUUGUGGAAAUGGCGGAACACUGGGACAACAAUCCCGACAUCUACUUUGAUGCUGCAUACAACUGGUAUUACGCUGGCAAUGGCAACAUGCAUCUCAUUUCGCUCCAUGGUGAUGAAUAUUUACUGUACAGUGAGCUGAAUUGUGUGUAUCUAUCACCCUUCAAUAGAAACUAUCUCACAAUAGAUUAUGAAUAUGAAGUCUCAUACAAUGUUGGAGAUGACAUUUAUAUAUUUGAAACAGUGGUGUCACAAAACAUCAUUGCAGUUAGAACUAAAUAUAAAGUGUCUAUAUUGAAGCUGGUAGACUCCAAUGAUGGGUAUAUGAUACAAAAGCUUAAAGAUAUGGAAUCGAAGCUGCCCUUCACCGGCAUCUCGUUUGAUGAAUACCAUAAAAAUAUCCUGUAUGUAACAACAUUAGAUUAUAAAUUGACUAUAGUCAAUAUAGACAGGAUGACAGGGAGAAGUAAACAGCUUCGAGGAGGGAUUGAAUCUCUAGUCAACAAUUGGAGCACUGUGAUUGGAUCAGAGCGUAUGUACUACACACAUGUUACAAAAAACUCCCUGACUUUGUAUGAUAAACGCACAAACAAUGCAUUUGAGAGAUGGAAAAGUAUAAAGGACAUUGUUGAUGAUGUUAAUUGUAAUGAUAUAAGUGUUGCCAAGUAUUGUAAAGGCAAGCCUAUGUUGUACAUAGGUACAGACCACCACAUUUUCCUACUAGACAUGAGAUACAAUAAAGCUGAGAAUAAGAAAGUUAAGGCCAUCCAGCGGUGGACCCAUGGCAGUCAGUGUAUUCCCACAUACUUGUCCAUAUGUCACUUUGAGUACAAUAAGGAAUUAAUAUGUCUGUCAAGUCAAUGGUGUGAAGAUAUGUGUGUGGUUAGCAACUAUGCAGAUAGGCUAACCAGGCACAAAGACAUCAGCAGCAUGAUGAUACCAUACAGACCUCCCAGCGUAUUUGCCACUUUAAACGAGGCUCAAGAAAAAAUGCUGUGCACAGACAUGCACAACCCCAUACAGAAUCGUCUGAGCACUGCAAUAACAGGCUUGGUGUCAGUAGAACAAGGUGAAAACUAUAGCAUACUGAUGCUGAAUUCUCUUGGAGACAUUUCGGCACACACAUUGUGUCCGGAAAGUAUGUCAAUGUUCGUUGAAGAUGAGGGAAUAGAAAAAUUUGAUGAAUGGAGCAAAAUGUACAAAGUGAAGCAGAAAGACUUUGUUGUGACACAUAUAGAGAACAUUCAGAAUGUCUGGAAGAGUUUAGAGCAGGUCCCUCCUACUUACAAGUUUGGUGAGAGGAAAGGAGUAAAGAAAGUAAAUAAGUUCAAUGAACAGGAUAUUUUGGAUGCAUAUGAAAAUGAGGAGUUGGAUCCAGGGUUGUUGGAGGUGUGGAUGAAGACCAAAGACGACACGGCCGACCCUGAAGAGCAAACAGCAGCACAAAUGUUUUUUACAGCUGAUUGAAAACUUGUGCAAUGUUUUGCAAAGAAUAGAAUGCUUUCAUUUACACUGCAACAGUGCACGACUCUGGGAAUGAGUAAAGGGAAUGCCGUACUUAAACCUUGAUCCAGCUUGGUGAUUUUUAAAUUGCUUUAGUACCCUAACUACUGGUUUAGGUACCUAACAAUCUGAGUUCAUUAUGGAUUUGAAGCUACUUAAAACAGCAAAUUAAACAUCGCUAAAAUGCUUAUGGCAAUACCAGUCGAAAUUUCAAAUAUUUUGAAAAAAUAUAUAUUUCUGGCCACCCAUAGACAUGUUACUGUAAAGAUAUUAAAGAUAUUGUGAUAAUAAUAAAA